AUGUCGGGCGUGAAAAGAAGAAGAAACUUUGAUGAUGACGAUGGUUACAGAGACUUUAGGCCCCGUAUGCCGAAAAGGCAAAGAGUUCCACCCGUAGUUCAGCUGUGCAAGGAAAUGAUGCCAGAUAUCAGAACCUUAGGCGAAACCGUGAAAGCCUUUGAAGAGGACAUCAAGUUUUUAAGUGAGGCUAUAGUGAACGAGUUUGGCAACGAAGAGUACUUCCGAGACGCACUAUUAAAAACCUUCUAUGCUGUAGUUGUCGAACAGCCUCACAAACAACCUGCUAUUGCAUUGUUGGUCAUGGUUGUGAAUGCAUCCAACCCUGUCGCAGGAAAAAGCAUUCUCAAUCACUUCUUUUCAAAGUUGCAACAAUGGUGUGAUAACAGUAUUGACGAUGGCUUUCAGGUGACUUCGAAUGAGACAGGUCCUUGGAACAAAGUGAAGCUGCUCUUAAGAUUUCUCUCACUGCUAUCGCCAAUGAUUCUGGAGGAUGAGCUUUUAUCGCUUUACAAAAAAUUAUUCGAAUUGAGUGUGGGUUUGAAUAAUUCCGAGCCGGAUAAGAGAAAUCCCUUAUCAGAGGCUAUUUACUCUAACACUCUCUUGAACGUUCCUUACUUGUUCUUUUUUCGCAGGGAAAACGAAUCGUUGAGACAAAAAGUCUCAAAGUUAAUUUCGGAAGUGGAAGUUCAGUAUACCAUGAAAAAGACAGAUUUGUCUCUGGUUCAAGAGUAUAACAAAAACUUCCCCUACGAACCUAUUCAAUGGAUCCAAGCAGUCUUGCCCAACGUGAAAAGGGUUCUAGCUAAUGACCUGCAACAGUUAGCUGAACUUUUCCCUGAUUACAGCCACCUUUUGAAGGAGCAGGCUGGUGAUCAAGGGUUCAAUGAUCCGCUAACAUUGCCAAGUGUUGAUCAGCUAAAACCUUUCAGCGGCCUCGACAGGGGUCUUGGUUCUGUUGAUGGUAUGUGGAGAGUGCCAAGGUAUUCUUUCAGGGUUUAUCUAGCGAAUGAAAUUGGAGAGUUUGAGACUGUUGUUCCAUUCACUACCUACGCUGGUAUGUUGUUUAAAGACAUUGUGAUUGACAUUGUCGAAAGUUUAGAAUUCAACAGGAAAGAAGUUGCGAAACAGGUUAUUACUCUUGACCUAUUUUUCAAGCCCGGUAUUUUCACAGAGCCUGGUCAAUCCAUUGCUCAACUGGUGGCAUUGCAUGAGGAAAACCCUAUUAUCACAACCUAUAAGAUUGAAGAUCUUGCGAUUGAGAAAAUUCUCAGUAUGAUCUUUAAGCUUCCAAACGUGUCGCAUCCUUCAGCUUAUUUUUACACGUUACUGGUAGAAAUCUGCCAAAAUUCUCCAAAGGCUAUUGCACCAGUAUUCGGAAGAGCUUUUAGAUUUUUUUACCACAACCUUGAUGCGUUGGAUUUUGAGCUUAAACUUAGAUACCUGGACUGGUUUUCCAUCCAAAUGAGUAAUUUCAACUUUUCCUGGAAAUGGAAUGAAUGGGAAGGUGACGCGCUGAAGUUUGGCGAAACAUUCUUCAAUCCAAAGGUCACCUUCAUGAAAAACUUGAUUAAGAAAGAGUUGAGGCUCACUUCUAAUAAAUCUGAUGUUGAAGACAGUUUGACGGAUGUAUUCAGACCCUUCACAGAUAGCUCAUUUGUUCCUAGCCAAGACCUCUACGAGUACUACCAGUCUUUUUUCAAAGGCUACGAAAUAAGUGAAGACCAAAUCAAGGACAACAGUUUGUUUUUUACAGAGAGCUCUCUCCCCUUUUCUGAUUUGGUACAGCAGAUUGUUAAUUACUUUCACAAACAGCCACUAGACAGAAACAUUUCUGAACUCGUUUCUAUUCUGGAAAAAAUGAAGGUUGAUAACGAGACGAUUGUUGUUGAUUUCAAUAGACUGGCCGUGACAACUCUCGUUCAGGUUCUUGUGUUCUCAGGAAACAGAUCCAUCUCUCAUGCCAACAAAUAUAUUGGCGAUGCUAGAACAGAGUUGCUGGAAAUUUUAGGCAAAAUUGAGGCUAGCCAAGAGCAAAAGGAGAGAUGGAUUGUCGAAGCAAUUAUUCGUUACUGGAACUGCAACUCGCAAAACGGUUAUUUAAUUGCUGAUACGUGCAAAAACUUCGACCUCAUCUCCUCGAAAAGCAUUCUGGAUUUCUCGUUUUUGGACGACAAGGGCAGAAAUUGGGGACUAGUUGAUGCGACAUCUAUCGAGUCUACGUUUAGGGUGCUUUCAGAGCUGUCUUCACGUAGGGAUACGAGUGUUGAGACAUUUAUAUUUGUGUUCGAGAGACUAGUUGAGAUUGCCUCCAAUGUUGUUGAAGAGCUUGGCUUGUCUGUUGACUCAGAACUUUCUGCAUCUAUGGCUGAUCCUGAUGAGAUGCAAGAUGAGUCUGCUGACUUACAAAAGCUUGAUUGCUCUUGGAAAUACGAGGGCUGCAUGGGUUUUGUAAAAAGUGUUCUGAGAAAAUACGCUGAUGAAUAUGCUUCGGCACUUGAAAAGCUUGAUUCAAUCAUAAAUGAAAGAGUCACUCAUCAACAGACCAAGAGAACGUUACAAGGCUGGUGCAGGGAGCUAAGUGAGCUCUGA